UUGAUACGGUGGAUUCAAACCCAUAGCAACUCGUUCUUUGCGGGGGGGCGUUCGUUCUAGAUUUCACUUUAUUGUGUAUAAUCGUCCCCGCUUCUGUCCGUUUAUUGGUCAUGAACUCUGGGAACAUUUAAAGAUAGAAGAGGGCACAUGGAACACCUGCACAAGCACUGGAUUUUGUUCUGCGACUCUUAAAGGAAGCAGGCUGUGAGCCGGGGGGAAGGCAGAGGACAGAUAUGAAUGUGUUCCCAAGAUUUCCUGGUGGUCUCUGGCAUUCUCCAAAGUCCUGUCCGAGAGUCGUUCCUGACCAAGAAGACCCUCUGAAAUCAAGUCCCGAUGAAGAACUAAGAGAAAAGGAGUGACUAUGGUUUUUGCUCACAGAAUGGAUAACAGCAAGCCAUCUGUGGUUACUGCUACCCUGCUGGUGCCCCCCCAGAACCACAGCUGCACUCAAGCGGCUGCGCCUCUGCCUCCCCAUGGCCUCAUGGAAUUGUAUGAGGAACACAGCUGGAUGAGCAACAGAACAGACCUUCAGUAUGGACUGAGACCCGGGGAAGUGGCCACAGCCAGCAUUUUCUUUGGUGCUCUGUGGUUGUUUUCUAUCUUUGGCAAUUCCCUGGUCUGUCUGGUUAUCCACAGGAGUAGGAGGACUCAGUCCACCACCAACUACUUUGUGGUCUCCAUGGCGUGUGCCGACCUUCUCAUCAGCGUGGCCAGCACACCGUUUGUCCUGCUGCAGUUCACCAUGGGAAGGUGGACCCUGGGCAGUGUGAUGUGCAAGGUGGUGCGGUACUUCCAGUAUCUCACUCCAGGCGUCCAGAUCUACGUUCUCCUCUCGAUCUGCAUAGACCGUUUCUACACCAUUGUCUACCCGCUGAGCUUCAAGGUGUCCAGAGAAAAGGCCAAGAAGAUGAUCGCAGCAUCGUGGAUCUUGGAUGCAGCCUUCCUGACACCCGUGUUCUUCUUCUAUGGCUCCAACUGGGACAGCCAUUGUAACUAUUUCCUCCCUUCCUCCUGGGAGGGAACUGCCUAUACUGUCAUCCACUUCUUGGUGGGUUUUGUGAUUCCCUCUGUCCUUAUAAUCUUAUUUUACCAGAAGGUCAUAAAGUACAUCUGGAGAAUAGGCACUGAUGGCCGAACCUUGAGGAGGACGAUGAACAUUGUCCCAAGGACAAAGGUGAAAACGGUUAAGAUGUUCCUCAUCUUAAACCUGCUGUUUCUGUUCUCCUGGCUGCCAUUUCAUGUGGCUCAGCUCUGGCACCCCCAGGAGCAAGACUAUAAGAAAAGCUCGCUCGUUUUUACAGCCAUCACGUGGAUAUCCUUCAGUUCUUCUGCCUCAAAACCUACGCUGUAUUCAAUUUAUAAUGCCAAUUUUAGGAGAGGGAUGAAAGAGACUUUCUGCAUGUCCUCCAUGAAAUGUUACCGAAGCAAUGCCUAUACCAUCACAACCAGCUCAAGGAUGGCUAAAAAAAACUACGUUGGCAUUUCAGAAAUCCCUCCCAUGUCCAGAACAGUGACCAAAGACUCCAUCUAUGAUUCAUUUGACCGAGAAGCCAAGGAAAAGAAGCUUGCCUGGCCCAUCAACUCAAACCCACCAAAUACUUUUGUCUAAUUUCUCAGAAUUCUUUCAAUUAUUGUUCUGUGCCAGAGAUUAAAAAACUUUAAAUAUAAAGUUGGAAGUGAUUUCCAUAUUUUUUUCAUUCAACUUUCUAUUUUUUAAAAUGCAUUUACUUAUUGGCUCUGGUCUUUGUGGCUUUUGUUCGAGUUCCUUUUU